AUGGACUACGUCAAUAUCCCCGACAAGACGUCACCAUCUUUAAUUCAUCGGUUAUCAAACCAUGUUUCUAAGAAUAGGCUGAAAGUCAUCACGUUAUUUGCGUGUCUGAUAGUUGUAUAUUCGCAAUGUUUCAAUGGAUUGAGCACUUACAAUGCACGUCGGAUGCAAAAUUCCAGCAUGGACACAUACAACAUGAAAACCACGUAUGAUGAUCUACAUAUAAAGUAUAACAAAUUGCCGACUAAUGCUUCAUUGCGUGCACAGUUAUCGUAUUACUUCCCCUAUGACACCAAUUCCAAGAUCCCACAGAGCAUAUUCCAAACUUGGAAAAGCAAGCCUGGAGAUUCAAAUUUCCCCAUGGAUUUCCUCGGGACGGUAUCCUCCUGGGAGAAAAAUGAAGGUUAUGCACAUACAAUAUUUACAGACAAUGUACUAGAUGAUUGGGUGCAUACAGAGUUUUCCAAUGUUCCGGAUUUGGUAAGGGCUUGGGAUUUGUUGCCUAAGAUAAUUUUAAAGGCUGAUUUUUUCCGUUAUUUAGUCAUAUAUGCCAGAGGUGGAAUUUACAGUGAUAUGGACACUUUUUGCCUGAAAAAUAUCCAUGAUUGGGCACCAUUCAAUGAGAGAUACACCAAGGGAGAACAAAUUGGAUUUGUAAUUGGCAUUGAAGCCGACCCUGAUAGACCAGACUGGGCAGAGUGGUAUGCACGUAGAAUCCAAUUUGCGCAGUGGACAAUCAUGGGCAAACGUGGCCACCCGUUUUUACGGGAAUUGAUUAGUAGGAUAGUUGAGGAGACUCUUAGAAAGGAGCAUAUGGGUUAUAUAAAGCACGUCGAAGGUAAAGAUAGUGGCAGCGAUAUUAUGCAAUGGACUGGUCCAGGGAUAUACACAGAUACAAUGUUUGACUACCUAAACAAUAUACUAAGUGACGGGGAUUAUGGUUCUGGGUUUGGCAUUGGAUCCAAGUAUUGGAAUGAUGGGGAGAAAUAUAAGUUGAAACACCAAGAAGUUAAUAAAGAGGGAUUACCGUUACAUUUCAAAGAUAUGGUUGUUAACUACAAGGCAUUUACUGGUUUAAGAGAGCCAAAAGUUAUAGACGAUGUAAUGGUCUUGCCAAUCACCAGUUUCAGCCCUGGUGUUGGACAAAUGGGCAGCAGAUCACCAAGGGAUCCAAUGGCAUUCGUGCAGCAUAUAUUUCAUGGAUCAUGGAAGGACGACAAAAAGAAAGACUAA